CUCUCCCAGCGUUUCAAGCCGAGGCCUCCUAUUCGGUUCGGUUUGACGGUUUACGUGAGCCAUGGCAGACCAGGCUUUUGUCACCCUUGCUACAACUGACAAGUAUGCCAAAGGAGCAAUGGUACUUGGCAAGUCUUUGAGGAACCACAACACAUCGAAGAAACUAGUGGCCUUGAUUGGCCCCCAUGUCUCUGAACCCUCCAGAGCAGUGCUUCAUAAAAUCUAUGAUGAAGUCAGGCUGGUGGAUGUGCUGGACAGUCGGGAUGCUGCACACUUGGCCAUGAUGAAGAGACCUGACCUGGGUGUCACAUUCACCAAACUCCACUGCUGGACUCUUACAGAUUACUCCAAAUGUGUCUUUAUGGAUGCAGAUACUCUAGUUUUGUCUAACAUUGAUGAAUUAUUUGAGAGAGAGGAGCUUUCUGCUGCACCAGAUCCUGGCUGGCCUGAUUGCUUCAACUCUGGUGUGUUUGUCUUCCGCCCCUCCAAUGAGACCUAUGGGAAACUCAUCACCGCCUGUUCAGAGGGUGGCAGCUUUGAUGGUGGGGAUCAGGGUGUCCUCAACAGCUUCUUCAGUGAUUGGGCAACAGCAGACAUUUCAAAACACCUUCCGUUCAUCUACAACCUCAGCAGCAUCGCCAUCUAUACUUAUCUCCCAGCAUUCAAGCAAUACGGCCAUGAUGCCAAGGUAGUUCAUUUCCUUGGCAAAGUCAAACCAUGGGAUUACAGUUUUGACACCGCAAGCAAAACUGUCAAGGGACAGUCCCAUGAUGCUGAUAUGCACCCCAACUACCUGCUGCAGUGGUGGGAGCUGUUCAGUUCUUCAGUGUUGGCUCUCAUGAAGGAGGAGUACGGGGACCAACCCUUCUAUUCUGGUUGCACAGAGGGUGAUAUCCAUGUUGACGUGGGUCAGAUGCACUUAUCCCAUCCCCCUUCACCUCCGAUGUCGUCUCAGGAGCGGAAGCAGAAGUGGGAACAGGGUCAAGCGGACUACAUGGGAAUGGACUCUUUUGACAACAUAGAGAAAAAGCUAGAUUCCUUCCUUAAGUGAGAUGUAGACAAUCAGAUCUAGUUUUGUACUGGAGUAUGUAUGUACAGUCCAUAAAACAUUUGGAGAAAGAAAUUAUUGUGCAUUUUGAUUUUUCUACCGUCCAAAUCAUCUAUGCAGCCCUAUGCACUUAACCUCUACCACACUGUGGUCUGUUUGCACCAGACAUUGACACAAUGUUUCUGAUCUCGCUGAACAAUACACUACUGUUAUCUUUCUCUUGUUCAUCAUGCCAUAACAUGAUUAUGGUCUCACAACAUUCAGGUCUUACCUCCUUUUUAUUUGCCUUUAUUUUUUUUUCCCUCAAUGUUUCUGAUCUUUCAAAAACAAAGCAAACAAUAUAAUUCCUUUUUUUUUUUUUUUUUUUUUUACGUCCCAAAUAUAAAUUGGGCAACCAAAACUGUUCACUUAUCUUCUGGCCACCUUUGCAAAGACCUUGUUUACAAAACAACUAGUGUGCUGCAAACUUGCUUAACUGAUAACUCUGAUACACAUCAGCAACUCUCUUAUUGUGUGAUUCUAAGAUCACUCUGCAUGCUCACUCCUGUACCAGUGACCAGUGGGUUUUUCUACACCUGGUUACAGCUAAUAGUAAUAUUGUAGUUGACUGUAACCUUCUUGUUACUUUCCCCCACACUUGUAACAUCUGAAAUUAAUAAUCUACCAAAAAGAGACCCAUAAACUCAGAUAAUCCUGUUGACAAACUGCAUAUAAAGUAGUGUUAAAAAAAAAAACAAAAGUCUUUUUCAAAGGAUUUGCUUUAAUAAACAACUGAACUUCACUAGUGUUCGCAGGAAAACUAAAGCUCCAUGAGUGCUCGAAUAUCAUCUAUCCGGGCCUGUUUUGCAUCCUGUGAGUUUUUCACUCCAAAAGCUUUAUCCACCAGCUCCUGCUUCUUUUUCUGAAUCUUCACCAUGUUCUCCUCCACUGAGUCCUUCACGAUAAACUAAACAACAGAAAACAGGAAAGUUUCAUUUUAAAAUGACGUGGCUUAAGUUGAACAGUAUAUGGUCUGAUAUAACUAAUGCUGACUUUUUAACUGUAAAUGACAAACUAUGGCUGAUUGACUAAAACCUUAAUUUCCUAAGUAGAGCUACAUAUAAGCUCUUAAUGACAGCAAUCAUCUGCUGUUUAAUUUCUGUUCAUGUCAUCUUAAGGGAAAACACUGUGACAAAUCAGCUGGAUGUUUGACUGUUGUAAUCAGGACGCACAUCAGUACUUGAUUUAAAACACCUGAAAGUAUUGCUGAACACGCCUACUUUGAAUGGGAGACCAUUAUUUAUUUUUAUAUAUCAGUCUGGUUGCCAUAAAUUCUUUUGUUGCACUGGUGGAUUUGGCUGUAAGCAAUAAUUUGUAUUUGAAGUAUUUUAUAUUUUAAAAUGAUUUGUCCUUCGAUCUCCUUUUACCUCAAACCCACUGGCAGUCAUCAAUUGUCCUAUAUUGUGUAGACAUUGAUGUCACAGAAUGAGCUUUUCUCCCAUGUUGCAGUGUACGAUUUCAAUAAAGAAGCAUUUUCCCCUCA